CUCCCAGUCGGAGAUACCCCCCCGAGUUCCCAGUUGUCUUGAACGCACUGAAGUCGGAAGUCUGAGAUUUCCGAGUUCCAAAUUCCUAGUUGUUAUGAACGCGGCAUUAGUCUUGUCUAGGGGCUGGGUUUCUGUAUUUUAUCUAAAGAACAAAUCCGUUGAACGCAAAUAUGGAGAGAUAAAGACAUUGAAAAGAAACGGAAGAAGUAUGCCUAUAUUACCAUAAGAUUUUUAAAAUGGCAAUACGGGAACUAAAAGUGUGUCUUCUUGGGGAUACUGGAGUGGGCAAGUCUAGUAUUGUAUGUCGUUUUGUACAAGACCAUUUCGACCACAACAUUAGUCCAACUAUAGGGGCAUCGUUUUUAACCAAGACGGUCCCGUGUGGACACGAACUACACAAGUUCCUCAUCUGGGACACAGCGGGACAGGAAAGGUUCCACUCGCUGGCCCCCAUGUACUACCGAGGCUCUGCCGCAGCUGUCAUUGUCUAUGACAUCACCAAACUGGACUCUUUCCAGACACUGAAGAAAUGGGUGAAGGAGCUGAAAGAACAUGGUCCGGAGGACAUCGUUGUGGCCAUUGCAGGGAACAAAAACGACUUGGGGGACAUCCGGGAAGUUCCUAUGAAAGAAGCUAAGGACUUUGCUGAGUCCAUCGCAGCUAUUUUCAUGGAGACCAGCGCCAGAAACGCUGUCAAUGUGGAGGAGCUCUUUCAGAAGAUCAGUAAACAGAUUCCGCCCCUGGAGAAUCCAGACUUAGACAGUAACGAGUCCUUCAAGAUAAUCCGGCAGCCUCCUCCCUCUAACAAACGCUGCUGCUAGUAAGACCCCUUCUGAGUCCCAAAUAGACCCCUACCACCCUACCCCCUACCACCCUACGCCCUAGGUAUUUCAUUUUGAUCUCAAAGGGACUGGUGUAGUACGAUCGAAUAUGUUGGAAAUUCUACCUGUCUUAUCUGAAGGAAAGGAAAGGCAGUAUUACCACAUUGUUUACACCUAUCCUACAUUUUCAGAUCAGUAUGAAGUUGCUAGGUCCUAGGGGUAAGGGGCAAUGGGGUCGGUUUGGAAUUCAGCAUCCGAUUGCUAGUGAGAUCAUCACGGCCUUUGUUUCCAUUCCAUACACAGUUCCAUGGAUCAAGUCUACACAUCCAUCCAUCUUGACACACGGGUCACAAUGUAGCGUUGGUGUACGCAACAGCUUGCAUAGUUCAGCUCCUGAUUGCCCCUUUCGACAGUCCACAAUGCAUAUACAGUACAUGGGUCUCACGGAGAGAGGAGGACAACAUGGCUUUGGCUGUGUGAUCGAUCAGAACCUCUCUCCCCUAUAGGGAACAGAGUGUCCCAAGUCCAGAAACCGCCCCUAUAACCCAUAUAAAGCUAGUUGGACAUUUCGCCAUAUUCUACCUAUUCUACCUACCAGAUAUAUCCAGGAUGCAUCACAACCGGGCCGCGAUUGGGAGUCCAAUAGGGCGGGGCACAAUUGGCCUCAGCGUCGUCCGGGUUUGGCCCGGUGUUAGGCCCGUCAUUGUAAAUAAGAAUUUUGUUCUUCACUGACUUGCCAAGGUAAAUAAAGGCUACAUUUCAAAUAUACUCCUGUGCCUUGGUACGGUGUGCUGUAGGUGUCAUUUCUGGAUAUAGAGAGGAACCAGUGUUUUUUUAAAGAUGCUAAACAUGUUAAUAAAAUGAAGGAAUACUAUGGUA